AACAGUUCAUGCCUAAAACCUUCAGUAAGUUGGAAGAAAGACGAAGUGGUUGAAGUGUUGAUUGCGUAAUUGCAAAAUGCGGUUUUACCAAUUUAAUGCGUUCACCGGUAGACUAAAGCAGUCCACCAAAUUCCAGCCGCUCUAUCCUGUCUCCCCUCUUCCUUUACAGAAGGCAGAGCCAGUAAUGAUUUACGAUACGAUAAAAACAAAACCAGUGACAAUAACGCCAGCAUUGAACUACUGUACUGACAAAAAACCAGCUACUCUUAGCCCAAAGAUGUGGGCGGAGUAUAAGUACUUUGCGAGUGUGAUAGACAAGCCAGUAUACUUGGCAAAAGGCGCGAAGGAUAAGUUCUGGUUCAGAUUCACAGUGGCAUACGUCGGUCUUUGCACGUUGCAAUCGUUUUACUUCAUAGCUAAGGAAUGCUUGAAUAUUAUCUGAGCAUAGACGAGUAAAUAUAAUGUAGAUAAUAAAUGUAUAGAUAUUAUCGGUACUACUGAUAUCCUGUAUUAACAUCCAGAGUGUUAAUGCUAAAAAAUAAAUUGAAAUACUUAAAUGAAA